CAUUUUAAGGAGAAUGGGGUAUUUAGAAAUAGCGCCUGGAUGCAAAAUAUGCUGAUGGAUGAUGUGACCUCAUCCAUGGGACCUUGAAGACCGAGGAUGAUGGGAUUUGUCUGCUUUUAUGAUGGCUUUUAUUUUCACUUCGAUGAACAUUAACUAAAACUUCUUGAUCUCACUUUGAAAGAUGAUUAUAAGAUAAAAAAGUAACAAAUGCCAAAUUACGUGCUGACACUCGUGCUGACUUUUUGAUUUCUUUACAAAUCAGCACAUCAAAAUAAACAUGUGAAAUAUUAUCAGUAGUAUUUUUUACAAUUUAAUUGGUGAAGUGUUAGGUCUAAUUGUAUCAAAGAUUUAUGGAGUAAUAUUGCAACGUUUGAUAUUUUUAUUAUUGUUUUUAAUUGGGCCUUGGACCAUAGACACUUCACCAAUAAACUGUCUAAAAUAUGGAAGGACACCAACUAGAUUCUGAAUCAGACAUCAGAAGUAAAUUGAAAAAGAAACACAUUAGAAAAAGAACCUGUAACAGAGUACUGACCGAUGCUAUUACCAAUGAACUGAAACGACUUUCUGAUCUAAACGAUUGUAGUGCGUCCACGCAAUAUAAAAACGAAAAGUAUUCCUCCAAACAAAUUAAAGAUGUUUGUUUGAAUAACUUCAAAGACUGCUUGAAGGUGCAUCGGAAUGUUAUACCUCGUAAAAUUAUUGUGUACGUCCCAAAAGCAAAAAACGAAGUGACUGAUGAAUAUUUGUGUAAUAUGUUCACGAAUGAAAAAAAUGAAAUAUUCCAUGUAGAUUCUUCCUGUAUGGAAAAAGAUAAUAAAAGAGCACUAAUGCUACAACAAUACAGAGGUCUACGAGAGAACACAAUGAGUAGAGACGAUCAGUGGUGUAGCUGCACUGGAAUUGAUAUAACAAGAUUAUUCAUAUUUGCGAAGCUAAUGUAUGAAACGUCGCAACAAUUGGGAAGGCUAACAGCAAAGGCUGAAAAUAAGAACACACAGCAAUGUAACAUCUUUACGAUAUCGGUCGAACUAGCAAAUCUGAGACAACUUUUAAAUCCUAUGCCAGGGUAUGACGGAGUUAUAAAACUAGACCAAAGUUAUCCUAGGCACGAAGAUGAUAAUGAAUAUUGCUAUAAGCCAUUCCCCAAAUUCAACACCCAAGAAAAAUCAAUAAGAUUUAAGAUAUCCAUCGAAAAACAUUGCAUGAGAUUCAAUAUAGCCACAUGCAAAUUAAACAUAUUUUCCAGAGACUUCCUUCAAGCUUUAGAAACUUUCUUUUCUGUUUCUAAAUCCGCCACGAGCUACGAUACUAACUGUAACGUUCCGUCACUUUCCAUGCGAAAUUGGCAUUUUCAUAACAUCAUACAAGGAUAUUUACUAGGCAUUUUAUUGAGAAACAUUAACGUGAACACGUUAAACAUGAUGAGGAAGCUAUAUUUCGUUAUAAUUACAUGCUCCGCUUCAAACCUCAUGAUAGAAAUUACCGUUAAACUAAAAAGUGGCAUAUUCAUGGUAUACGAUAACCGUUUUUAUCAAGAAGUUAUUAAUUGGAAUAAAUCUCAUCAGUUGUUCAUCAACAAAUCGGUUUCAAUGGCUACAUUAGAAAAUGCGAUACAAAAACGGUACUUACAUAUGCAUAACAAAGGGAGGCAGUUGAAUUUAGUGACCUACACAAAAACACAGCGACAGAGCAACCCUAACAUUUGUAGAGCCAAUGACUACAUUAUAAAGUCUGAUAUUGACGAAAAUAGUUCCGUGGACAAUUACUACUCGGACUCGGAGUCACUCCACGCCAAAACGUCAGAAAUGAGCGCGAUUAUACUGCCUCAGAAAAAUGGCGCAACGCUCAUACUAAAGCCAGACGAGAAAGCAGGCGAUAACAAUGUAUCAACGCAAUCGCGCAAAAAGGACUCUAUUAUCAACAACAUUUUUCUUGAUAACAAUAACAUUUACAACGCAAACUUCCUACACAGUAAGCAAUGGUUAGCCAAAGUAUUUUCUAAUAACACUACCAAAGAAAACGACAAACCAAGUAAUAUUGCGGAUAUAUUGAAAUUCAACGCGCUAAAAGAAACUAUUUUUGAUAGAGUAUCAAUACAAAGACAUCUCGAAUCUGUAACAGACUUGUAUUGGAAACAAGUGACAUCGCAAUCGUUUUACAUGGUGUUCUUAAAAUCUCUUGGUCAAUCAAUUGCUAACAUAUUCUUUAGUGCUGUAAUAUAAAAAAUAAAAUACAUAAAGUAUAAUGAAUUAGUUUUAUUAAUUGUCUGGUCACUUAACCUCAUCAACUCAAUAUUCAAAAUGAUCCAAAUAGAUUUAUCAAAAGACAAGCUUCUAUUCAACUGUGCCGUUUUAGAAAGAUAUAAAUAGAUCUUUU